AUGGCAGAGAUCGAGUGGUAGCGCCUGUGCCGUAGCAGUAUAAUUUUCCCGUCGUUCUUUAUGUUAGUGUCGUUUCAAGGAGUGUAUUCCAACGAGAUUAUUAACGUAAUCAAUAACAGGAUAUAUAUGUAGCUGAAGCCUCACGCACAUAUCAGAGCUAAGCUGGUAGCGGCCUGAAAAAGUUUCGUGCUCAAGUACUACCGUAUCACGAAGCAGGCAGUCCUGGUUGUACGCGAAGUAGACACGAAUCCUCUAUUCAAUAACGCCAGCAUAAACACGGGUGCAACCUACAAAAUCACAACAUUCCAAAUCUACAUUUGUCUUUUACACUGAAGGAGACGUUUGAUCAAGAAACAGACGCGAUAUAACGAGACUGCGGCCAGAAGUCAUGGAAUUAAUAAAUAGUUUAUAUAAUGACUUUAUAAAUAAUGUCUUCUACGUGACCGUAUGUCACGUUUGCAAGCAGUUUGGAGACGGCGUCUCUUUGAAGAGAUGCGGUAGCUGCAGGAUGAUCGCCUAUUGUGGUCGGGAACAUCAGAAGCAGCACUGGAAGCAGCACAAAUCUUUGUGCAAAGCCAUACAGGACGCGUUGCAGGAAUACAACUUUAAUGGUUGCGGUAAAGAUUCAGAGGAUUGUGACGAUAAGAAGCUGAUCUUCACGAGGCUGGUGUUGCGCAAGCUGGGUCGCCAUCUGAAGCUGGACGAGAUGCAAAUGUUCACAUACCCAAAGGAGUGCCUAAUUUGCCAUGAAAAGAACGAUAAGUUGUUAGAGGAUUGUCAGAAGUGUGCUGCCAGCUUUUGUAAAAAGCACAAAGACGACACUGCGCACAGGGACAUCUGCGCUCCCUUGGAACUAGGUUUUCAUUCAGACUUAUUAGGUACAAAAAAGUUUAAUAGUCCGGUGGAGCUGCUUUCUGACUUGAAACGCGUUUCGGACGCGAGUACAUUUCAGAACAUGAAAGACUUCGUAAACGCUUUAGGGAAUAUUCAGACUGAUUCGGAGAUGCCGUACGAUAUUUUGGCAGCCGAAUACUCACAAUAUCUGACACGUCCCUUGACGUUGUUAUAUGCUAUGCGAUUAUUAAACUAUGUUCCAAAAGGCAAAGAUUUAGUCAUUCAUGUUGUAGGUGCAAAUUACAUCGAAGUAGUCACCUUGUUGACGUGGCGAGUUUUGCUGCAUUUAUCAGAGACCGUAAUGUCAUUCGUAAUUAUAAUGAUAGGCCCGGACUUAAAAAAGAUUGCUCCUUCACGCACUUGUGAUAAAUGUAAAUCGCUAGGAAACAAAAGUGUAAUUUUUGAGUACCACGAUGUGUUAUACGAGAACUAUGUAUGCAAACCGUCAUUCGUAAAACCGGACUUGAUUGUAGGAUUUAACUUGAGUAUUGAGGAACAUGAAUUUGAUUCUAGUAAGAAAAUAUGGGCGUCAUCCAUACAUGCGGUAGCGAAACAGAAUUGUCCGUUCAUCUUAACGUUUUUUACGCUACGGUACUUUGAGGAGGGGACAAAGAAAAUGAACACAAUCCUGGGUAAGGAGGUAGAUUAUCUCUAUAGCGGAAAGAACCCAUUCGCUAGUUUCAGACCACAUAGAAUCCUCGGGCCAGAGCGCGUGUAUUAUCAUAAUCAGUAUGUAGUUAUCUACGAAAGUCUUUGUUCGUAAUUGAUAUGCGUAAUUUAAGCUACCGAUGCAAGCUGAAGGUUGUGUUUAUGCCAAAGUAAACGUUGCGUGUGAGAAAUGAAAGAAUACGAGUUAAAUGGAAUUUUACGUUUAAGAAAUGCAACGGAAAGGACGCAGAGAUAACUGUAUGAACUACAUCUGCGAAUCGCGGCGCGUUAUUUCUUCACGAAACAAACUACAAAAGACUAAGAUCCGACCCUCCGAAAUGUCUAAUUAUAUUUAUAAUCCAAGAAGCUAUUAUUUACUUGUUAAAUCGAUUAUUUGAUAUAAGUCGAGCAUAAAUGAAUUAUAAAUAUAACAGAGAAGUGGAUGCGGUAACAAAAUAUUACAAUGGCUGUUACUUUUAGUUUCGUUUGUAAUGAGGACAAAACUUUAAGAUAAUUUUUAUAAUAAAAUUUAUAUUUUUCUUU